AUGCCAAAGAAGCUGACAAGGGGUGACCACGGCAAGACAGUCACGCUGACCGUCGGUGAGACCGUCGAGAUUGAGCUCCCCAGCAACCCCUCCACGGGGUUUUCGUGGAUGUUCGAGAACCGCAAGAAGGAGCCCGAAAACAAGGCACUUACCGUCGCCAACUUCUACGCCGCCCCGGAUGCGAAGCUGAUUGGUGCGGGCGGGACCGAGCUCUUCAAGGUGACCCCGACAGCCCCCGGCUUGCACGAAGUGACCCUUGUCUACAUGCGUCCGUGGGUCGGGCCGCGGCAGGACUCCGAGCGCUACACCGUGCAGCUCAAGGCAAAGUAA